GUGCGUCAGAGCUCUACCAGAGCAGGGAGCGGAGGACCGUGGCGCACAGCGGGACACACUGGACACAUUGUGAACUUUCCCUGCUUUAACCACACAAAUAAAUCAUAAUUUUCAUAUAAAAGCAUCCGACUAAUUAGUGGAACUCUGCUGGAAUAUCGAUCGGAAAACUUUGGCUUUGACCACACAACACUGCGGUCCGGACAAACGAGCACAGAUUCAGACCCAUGCUGCCAGGUCCGGAGCAAGGCCUGUUGUGUGAAUGUGUGUAAGCGUGUGAAUAUGUAUGUGUGUGAGUGCCUUUGAGUGUGUAUUUUUAGACUGAGUGGGGGAACGUCUUACUGUGUGAGUGCCAGGCUCGUGCGAGGAUGAGGGCCGUCGCUCUGCUGUCUCUCCUGAUGGUCGCGGAGGUCGCAGCCUCUCGGUUUGUGCGCGACUCCCAGGCCGACCCCGAGGUGAUAGAACCCUCCAAGAACAACGCCUCCAUCCCGAUUCAGCCCCUACAGCCGGCUCGGCCACGGGGCUCCUUCCCCCCAAUGUGCAUAAAGCCCACAGAGAUCAAGCACACGUUCAAGUAUGUGAACACCAUCGUAUCCUGUCUGAUCUUUGUGGUGGGGAUCAUCGGCAACUCAUCACUGCUCAGGAUCAUAUAUAAGAACAAGUGUAUGAGGAACGGACCCAAUGUCCUGAUUGGCAGCCUGGCACUUGGGGACCUGCUUUAUAUUAUCAUCGCCAUACCCAUCAAUGUGUUUAAGGUGACCACAUUUAUCGUUUGUGUCUGUCUGUUUGUAUGUUUCCAGUGUUUCCUCUGUUUGUUGCAUGGGACCGAUGAUCUCUGCCAGUUAAUAGCCGAGGACUGGCCAUUUGGCGUGUAUGUCUGUAAGUUGAUGCCGUUCAUCCAGAAAGCUUCAGUGGGGAUCACCGUCCUCAGCCUGUGCGCCCUCAGUAUUGACCGUUACCAUGCAGUGACAUCAUGGAGCAGGGUGAAGGGGAUGGGGAUCCCUCUGUGGAAAGCAGUGGAGGUGACUCUGAUCUGGCUGGUUGCUGUGCUGCUCGCAGUCCCUGAGGCACUGGCAUUCGACAUGUUGGAGAUGCCGUACAGAGGCAACAAGCUGCGAGUGUGUCUGCUGCAUCCAGAACAGACCACCAGCUUUAUGAAGUUCUACCAGGAUGUGAAAGACUGGUGGCUGUUUGGCUUCUAUUUCUGCUUCCCGCUGGCCUGCACCGGAAUCUUCUACACGCUCAUGUCCAGUGAAAUGCUCAGUCGCAAAAAAGGCAUGCGCAUCGCACUCAAUGACCACAUGAAACAGAGGAGGGAAGUAGCGAAGACGGUGUUCUGCCUCGUGUUAAUUUUCGCUCUCUGCUGGCUGCCCCUUCAUCUCAGCCGUAUUCUGAAGAAAACUAUCUACAACCAAAAUGACCCCAACCGCUGUGAACUGCUCAGCUUCCUGUUAGUGAUGGAUUACAUCGGCAUCAACAUGGCCUCCCUAAACUCCUGCAUUAACCCGAUUGCCCUUUACUUUGUCAGCCAGAAAUUUAAAAACUGCUUCCAGUCCUGCCUGUGCUGCUGGUGCUACAGAACAUCUCCCCUGGAUGAGAGAGGUUCAGGAGGACGCUGGAAGGGCUCUUAUCACGUGAAUGGACUCGACCGCUCCAGCUCCCGCUCCAGUCAGAAAUACACAAGCUCUUCAUAGACACACACACACACACACACUCAUCACACACCUCUUCUCUGCAAAUCAGAUCCCAGUAAGGAGGGGAAAAUGGAGCAACUUCUACAGGACUCACAGCAGACUGAAAGAUCAAUCCCAAACAGAUGAACGACAUAACAGGACUGUAUCUUUUCAGGCUGUAAUACUAACUGCAAAAACUACGAUAAAACCAAGGCUACAUAAAUCUGCCGAGGCCUGUGCGGAGGACUAAAAGUCCCUUAGUGGACCAACAUGGUAAAUACAUUUCUAAAGAUUGGUUAUUAAAGCCACAUGUAAAUAAAUGUACAUGAUUAUCUACGUGCAGAUAGCAGACCUAUUUUAUGAUUAUAUCUAGCCUAAGUUCUUCAUGUUUGUAAAACAGCGCUGAUGAGUCCUGCCUGUUGAAGCUUUAAUACCUCUCGGGGAAAGAUAGAGGGAAACUGUGAGUUAUUUACAAAAAGCUUUAACUGUGCGUGCCUUUUUUUAAUAAAAAAUGCACGACUGUGCCUCUGCAUAUAAACAAAAUCAGUAGCUGAUUAUCUGACAAUCAACUGCAUUUUGUCACUGAACUCGUCAAUGCCCGCGAGACCUGGUGACAUCAUACAAGAGUAAAAUGGGCCCCACCACGUGCCUUACAUGUGGAGAGUGUAACAUUGGACGUCUUUUAUCUGGAAAUCAUUGCUGCUUUAAGUCAUGUGGAGGACAGCUGUUGUCUGAGAACACUGACAAAUACCAGAUGAUUCCCAUCACAAUUCGCAGAAGAGGUCUUUAUUAGUAAUAUUAUUAUUGCAGUAUUCAUGCGGCUGUAAGUGGUUUCCACUGUGAAUAAAGCCUUAACCUGUGUCUUACAAUGUAGCUUUUAUUUUUCUAAGAAAAUAUUACAAAACACAUUUGUUUUGACUUGUUUUAUCUUCCAGCAUAAGUUGUCCAUUUAUUAUUUCCAAAUAUCUCACCUCUAUCAGUGAGUGAUCAUGUUACAAAGAUGUCCCUUUGGCCAGAAAAUACACACGUACUCAGUAGUCACGCACUUAAGACAAAUCUUCUGAUGCCAAAACAUCAACAAACAACCCAAUUAUGGGCUCUUUAAAAGGUCAGACAUGAGAAGAAGCUGCAGGUUGUGCCAGAUAGUAAGGCAAGCUUAAUUCCAUCAGAAGACAUGGAUUGUGGAUUCUUAGAAUUAUCGUUUGGGGGAAAAUGAAUCAAAGUUUGAAUCAAACACUGGCAGUAGUGAGAGGCUAUACUGAUACAAGCACAAGAUGAAUCCAUUUUAUCUGGUGAUUUUCUUUGUCUCUCAGUACAUUGUGACUAAGAUAUGGCGUUGGAAAUAUUUUCCUAUAUCAAACCAAUAACCACAUGUGUCCUGAGAAACCAGACAAGGUGUUCACACUGCAGCAUUUAAAAUAGUCUUGAUUUAUGUAAUAUAAUAUAUAAAUGUUCUGACAAAAUAUUUCCUUUGCUCCUGUAGUAGAGUUUGCAAUGGUGCAAAUGUGACUCAUUCGCUCAACAUAUCUAUCUAUGUCAGGGGUGGCCAAACUUUUCUGUUUGUGGGCCAUGUACAGAAAAACAGAAGAAGUGAUCAAAUUCUGAAAUUUUUGGCAUUCACUCACUAUAUCAUGUCUUUUUAGUUCCGCCAUGUGCUUUUAGUACUGGAAGGUCUGAGCAGCUUUUGGACUGUCUUUCUAGAGGGACUAUAAGCUAAGACAUUUAGAAGUAGUUUGAGGUUGAAGAUAAAAUGUAAUAUGAAUACUGGCUGGUGUUUGCUGAGUAUGCUGUAAUAAAUAUUAUUUUAUAGCAUUUGUGUUGUUGGAUUUGAGUUAUGUAUUGAACAAUUAAAGUAUAGUGUAUGUA